UGUUUUUUAUAUUAUGAUUAAAGCAAAAAAAAAAUGCAAAACACUUUGAUUAUCUUGGCUUGUGUCUUCACAACAUGUUCUGCAUCCUCUUGGGAUAGUGUUGAAAUGGAAAUAUAUGAUUUAUAUGAAGAAAUUAAUGGAACUUUUUAUGAAUUGCUGAAUGUUACACAGGAUGCUACAACCAGUGAAAUACGUAGAGCAUACAGAAAAUUAUCUCUUAUAUUGCAUCCAGAUAAAAAUAAAGCUGAGGAUGCUGAAGAAAAAUUUCGACAGCUCGUUGCAGUUUAUGAAAUCUUGAAAGAUUCUGGCAAGAGGGAAAAGUAUGAAGAAGUACUCAAAAAUGGUCUACCUGAUUGGAGACAACCGUUAUACUAUUACCGUAAAUAUAGAAAGAUGGGUAAUCUUGAAAUAUCACUUUUAGUUGGUAUCAUCGCCACCAUUGGUCACUACUUGACUUGGUGGGUUGCCUACUUGGAAAAGAAGUUUGAAAUGGAAGAGAUAUUAAAACCGAUGCGAAAGCGGAGAGAAAGGAAAAAAGCAAAAGGAAAACUUUCUGAGGAAGAUGACAUGACUACAGAGGAAGUACUAGCGAAAGAACUUGGCUAUCGACGUCCAACCUGUUGGGAUUUUCUUCCCUUUGUACUGUACAGAUUAAUCGUAGGAUUUAUAAAGAGUAUCCCUACAAGUAUUAAAGAAGCAGUGGAAAGCUACAAAGCUGAGAAGGAACGUAAGCUGAGGGAAGAAGAAGAAUUAAAAGAGGCUGCUGAAGCAGCUAAAAUCGUUCGUCCGAAAAAAGUCAAACAGCAGGUUACCCUUCGUGACGCAUCUGAGUUUGAGAAUGAAGACUCGUUUGUACCUAGUUGGCGUAGCGAAGAUACCAGUGAUGUUGCUGGCACCGGAAAACCAAAUAAUAAGAACAAAGAAUGGCUCGAAGAAGAUUAUGCAGCUUUGGCAAAAGCAAUGGCAAAAUUUCCAGGUGGUACUCCUGGUCGUUGGGACCGCAUAGCACACGAGCUAGGCAGAAGUCCGGAGGAGGUGACGAAGAAGGUAAAAAGUAUGAAGGAAUCACUGGCUUCAAAUAUAACAGUCAAAUCAGGUGGCGAUACGGUCGUAACAAAGAAAAAACUAGCCGUUAAUUUAAGCGAUAGUCUGGUAACGAAAGCAAUCGACAACGAAUUAAAUAAAACUACUAUUAUUUCCGAUUCGGAUUUAUAUCAAUCUCAAUAUGAUAUUCCGGAUGAUUACGACGAAGGAGUGUCAUGUACUGAGGAACCAGAAAUUGACUAUACCAUUGUAACGAAAAAGAAGGUGAAGACCAGACCUGCGGAGGAGAAUAAAGAAGAAAAGGAGAGCGAAAACGACAACAAUGAACAGAGUAAAAUAGAAACUAAAGAAAUCGAUACGUGGUCUCAAGUGCAACAAAAAUGCUUGGAGGCUGCCAUAGCGCAAUUUCCGAAAUCGACCAGUGAUCGCUGGUCGUGUAUAGCAAGAGCAGUUCCUGAAAAAACAAAGGAGCAAUGUAUCGCCAGAUUUAAACAUUUAGCCGAACACGUAAAACAAAGAAAAACAAAGCAAGCAAAGGGAAGCUAAUUUAUGAUGGAGGUAGAAUAAUUUGUAACUUUUAGUUAGAAUAAAUAUUUAUUAUAACAA